UGGAGCUGGCUGGAAUGCAUCAGUGAUCGGUGAGCCGAGUUAGCAGCCAGACGCAUUCCUUCUCCAGUCUCGCAAGGAACGAAAACGAAAAGCAUCGUCAACAUGAAAGCCGUGAUCUUUGCGCUUGCCGCCUUGGUGGCCGUCAAUGCCCAGACUUCCCAGUCGUGCUCGAGGGUCCCGGAGUACACGGAAACGAUCUCGCCCGUCGUUUGCCCACAGCCGAAGUUGAGGCUGCCCAACUACGAGAACGUGCAGACCUACUACCAAUGCGCGGCCACCGCCAACGCCAGGGGCGAGGUGCUCUCCACUUUGACCAACUGCGCCAGCAGCACCUACUUCAGCUACGUCCUGCAGGAGUGCUACGCCUGCAACAACUACCUGCCCAGCGCCAAGUGCGACAGUCUGCCCAUCAACGCCACCUGUGUGUCGAUGGAAGCCGCCGUCAGCACCACCGUCGCCCCCACCACCACUGUUGCCCCCACGACCACUGCUGCCCCAGUCACCACCACCGCCGCGGCCCCAACCACCGCCCUGCCACCUGGCGAUACCACCGUGUCUGUUCCAACGCCACCCACUGACGACCCCAGCACCACUCCCAGCAACCCCGGUACCCCCGGCAGCGACGACACCAUCACGCCGACGGGCAGCACCAUUGCCGUGCCCCAGCCCCCCUCCCCCAGCGACGACAAUGUGCCCACCCCACAGACGCCCGUGCCCACUGCCCCGGUCAUCAACAACGGACCCCCGACGUCGACCUCGGCCCCAUCCGUCAAAUAAGCUCGAGACGAUCGCCUCCAAAUCCCUGCAUUUUCGGCUGAAUAAAGUGUUGCCACACUUCACACACGAAGCAUAAAUUAUUUAUAAAUUUAAACAGCCCAGAAAUAGCUUAAAAUACAAAAAACUUGAUUGUAUACUUUCAA